CAGCUAAAACUUAGUUGCCCGAAUCCAUUUUUCUGGCUAAUACGGAAAUACGCGAGUGGUCGACCUGAAGUGGCCCUCAAACGAUCAUGAAAUCAACGGCUGCAGGAGUAGCACUGCUACUGCUUGUGAUCAAUCAGUCAAGUGAUGCCUUUAUCCACAACUGGCAUUCGGGCCCCAUCAAUUGUUACGAGUGUUCCACCCUCGAAGAGUGCUCUGCGGGAUCCGGAGCAUUGAGAAAAUGUCUGAGUAAUGAUGGACAAAGUUGCGUUGCCAUUUUCAACUCCAAUGGAGCUGUGACUCAAAGAGGAUGCAGCGAUAGUUUGGCAUCAGUUUGCAACGAAAAUGGGGAUAACUGCUACGAGUGCCGAUCGCACGGAUGUAAUUCGUUGAAAACCAACGCGAACCUCAUUCAGUGCGUUGUGUGCGAUGCCCAAAGCGAUGAUAAUUGUGUGUUCGACAUCGAACUUGUGACCGAGAAAAGGAGAUGCAACCAGCGCUGUCUCACAGCACUCUAUCCCAUCAAUGGCGAAGUGGGUGCUCCCUUGGAGUUGGUCCGCAGUUGCUUGGACGAUCUGGAUCUGGAUGAUCAGGAGGCUUGCGCCGAAGGAUCGCUCGAAAAUUGCGUAACCUGCAAUUCCGCGAGUUGUAAUACCGUGGACCUGGGCGUUCGCGGAAGCUGUAAUUACUGCAAAGGAGACUGCUCUAGUCCGCAAUCGAAAACCUGCCGGGCUGUUCCAUCGGGAGAUAACCAAGAGAGCUGCUUCAUCGAGUUCGAUACCGCGGGAACCAUCUACGAGAUGGGCUGCCUGAGUCAAUAUAACGUGAGCGAUGUCACCUUGAUGGAAACCAACAAGCAGUUGUGGUAUUGCAGCGGCGACAAUUGCAAUAAGCAAUCGGCUCUAGCCAAACCUCAAAGCUGCACAUUGUGCAGUUCUCGAACGGAUGAAGAUUGUGCAGUUGCUCCCGGGGAUGUCAUUACGAGUACACAGUGCGAAAGUCUUGUCAAUACUGACUGCUAUUCGAGAAUCCUGGACAAUGGACACACGGAGAGGGGUUGUCUGACCAGCCUGGAGGGCGAGGACUACCUGGAUUGUCUCAAGGAAAGCAACAGCACCAAGUGCCUGAGGUGCAAUGGGGCUAAUUGCAACCAGCAGCUCCAACCCAGCGAGCGUUUGAGCUGCCAAAUUUGCGAUUCCAGUGAGGAUGCCUCUUGCGAGGGAACGCCAACCGCCUCUGCUCUUUGCCUGCUGCACACCGCCAAUCAACAGUGUAUGACAGCCAUCGAUCUCUCGGGAAACACCCAACGUGGAUGCAGUGCCUCCUUGGAGUGUGAUCCCAGUAAUCCCAGGAAGUGUCAGUCCUGUUCUGGAGCGGAUUGUAACACCGCAAACCUGAAGAGGGUCGAGGAUGGCCAGCCGGGUCUGUGGGGUCAACCGUUGCCCCUCAGCUGUCAGAGCUGCUCGGAUGCCACCAGCUGUGCCGCAUCCGACCUGUCGAAUAUCACCUGCUCCAGCCAAUCGGAAUACUGUGUGACCGUAUUUAGUGCGGACGGAUCGGUGACCGCCAAGGGUUGUAGCCAAGUGGUGGAGCAAACCUGGGGCACUUACUGCGAUGCCAAUGGCAAGAGUUGUCACAACUGCAACUCGAAUGGUUGCAACAAGGCCAGGUCGCUGGAUGCUUACAACGAAUGCAUCUACUGCGACCACGAAAACGAAGAUUGUGCCAGUAAUCCCGAAAAUGUUAAGUCCCGGCGCCUUUGCAAUGGCCAGUGCAUGACUGCCUCUCGCAGAAGGUCCAGUGGGAGUAUCGUCUACGAUACCGUUCGAGGAUGUUUGGAUGAUAAGGAGCCAGAGGAUCAGGCGACCUGCGUUGCGGGAACCGACGCAAAUUGCAUUGCCUGCUCUGGAGCCAAUUGCAAUGUAGAUGAUAUUGCGGAAGCCCCUUUGUCCUGCUACAAGUGCUCUGGAGAUGAGUGCGAUGAUCCUGUGGCCAGUCAAUGCAGCCAGUACAGUCCCGAGGACCGUUGUUACAUCCUCUUCAACUACGAUGCGGAUAUCACAGGAAUGGGUUGCAAGUCCGAUCUGGAUGAUGAGUUUGUGGACGAUAAUUUCCACUCACUUUUGUUCUGCAACUCCAGCAAUUGCAAUUUCUUCGACAUCCUGCCUACACCAAAGCAGUGUAUCGUUUGCGAUUCGUCUGAAGAUCCCAACUGUGCCACGGAUCCCACAAAAAUCACUCUGAUAGGAAAUUGUGGAGUCUUGCCCUAUACAAGUUGUCAGACGCGUGUCAGAAAUGGCAUCACCCAGCGCAGUUGUCUGAGCAGUUUGCCCCGUGAACAGUUGGAGGAAUGCCUGAAUGGCUCUGGAACCUGUGAGGUUUGUGAUGGCGAUCGGUGCAACGUUGACAUCUACCCCGCGGAUCGUCGUCGCUGUCAGCGCUGCAACUCCCUCACCGAUCCCAACUGUGAGUCUGCCCCCGAUGCGGCUGAGCCGUGUCCCUACUAUCUUGAGAGCGAGGGAUGCAGCGCCAAGUUGGUGGAUGGCGUUACCUAUCGUGGUUGCCAGCGCGAGUUCACCUGCGACGAUUCGGACAAACAGCACUGCCGCCUGUGCUCCGGCAAGGACAACUGCAAUGUGGCCGAUCUGGCCAGCUCCUACAUUGGAUAUCCGGGCAAGUGGUCCACUGGGCCGGUUAACUGCUACACCUGCAAUGGCACUGAAUGCCAGGGAUCCAGUUUGGGCACCUUGCGCAAGUGCACGGGUAAUGAUGCGCAGAACUGCGCCACUGUGUUCGAUGCCUCUGGUUCGGUGAUCCACCGUGGUUGCUCAGACACGCUCUACGCCGACGAGGAUCUCCUCCAAUUCUGCGAUGAUAACUCCGCCAACUGCAAGUUCUGUAAGUCCACGGGCUGCAACAACGCCAGGGAAUUGAGUUCCUAUGUGGAGUGUCUCUUCUGUGAUGGCAGCGACGAGGCCGAAUGCGUACGAAAAGUGGGUGACAUCAGUCGCACUUUGACCUGCCAGGGCAGUUGCUUCACAGGUCUGUAUCCCCGCAAUCGAACCGAGGUCAAUCCCGUAUACGAACUGGCUCGUGGUUGCUUGGACGAUCUCGAGUACGAUGAUCGGGAGGCGUGUGCGUCCGGCACCCUGGAAAACUGUGUUUCCUGCUCGGGCGUCAAGUGCAACAAGGCUGAUGUGCCGGAGAAUCGGCUCAGCUGUAAUGUCUGCCAGGACUCUGGCUGCCAAACCAUCGCCAGCGAGGUCUGUUUGGGCUAUCGGUCCGACGAACAGUGCUACAUCCAUGUGGGCGACCUGAGCAUCAAGGCCAUGGGUUGUGCCACCGAUCUAAAGGAAUCCUUCCUGUCCACCAACCGCCGGGAUCUGUAUCUCUGCACCGGCAACGAUUGCAACACCAAGGACCAACUGAUGGAUGGCGUUGCCUGUAAUUACUGCGAUUCCACUUCUGACAAUCGCUGUGUGAGCGGUGUUGGAGUAACAGGAGUUGUCUGCCAGCACUACAUCAAUCCCGAGUGCUACACCUAUCUGGAUGAGGAUGGUGUUUUGCACCGUGGUUGCCUAAUGGAUACGGAUGACGAUCUCUUCGAUGAAUGUACCGGUUCUGGCAGCUCCAACUGCACCAUUUGCACCUCGAACGGAUGCAACUCUGAGGUUUACCCCUCGGAUUGGCUGACUUGUCUGCACUGUGAUUCCUCCAGCGAUGCGGACUGUGCCCUGAAUCCCUCCAGCUAUUCGAGCUAUUGUCGCACCUAUUCCAAGGACGAUGUCUGCGCCACUUCUUUGACCAACGGACGCACUCGUCGCGGCUGCCAAUCGGAGCUGAAUUGCGAUGCAUCCCAGGCGGGCAGUUGCAGGACUUGCUCCGGGGCCGACUGCAACGAUGUGGAUCUGCAAUCGGGUUAUGUUGGCGAGCCAGGAAAGUGGACGGACCUCCCACUGAGUUGUCACGUUUGCGGGGAUGCAGCCAGCUGUGCCUCCGUUGGCAGCGAAACCACCAAAUGCGAGGGCAACAACAAGCAGACCUGCGCGACGGUGUUCAACUCCGAGGGUCAGGCGGUGGCCAGGGGCUGCAGUGAUGCGGUCCAGGCCGCCAAUGCGGACUACUGUGAUGAGAACAAGGGCAACUGUGUGCAGUGCAAGUCGGAUGGCUGCAACAGCGCCCUGUCUCUGGACGCCUAUGUGGAUUGCUACUUCUGUGAUGCCGAGGACGAUGUGAACUGUGCGUGGGUGAAGCCCGAGACGACCAGGAAGUGCCAGGGUCAGUGCAUGACGGGAUUGUAUCCGCGCAGCUCCUCCUGGGACUCGGCUCUGCUGCCCACUCGCGGUUGCUUGGACGACUUGAACGAGGCGGAGCGAGCUUCUUGCGCUGCGGGCACCCAUGCCAAUUGCACUGCCUGCACAGGAUCCCUGUGCAACGGCGACGACGUCAUCGCGAACCCCCUUGAGUGCUAUACGUGCAAGGAUCCCCUCUGCGAAGACCCGGCAAUAGCAAAGUGUGUGGCCUACAGGAAGGAGGACCAGUGCUACUUGGCCUACGACAAUGCCGACGUGGUGGCCAUGGGCUGUGCCAGUGACUUUGAGACGCAGGUCAUCAAGGAGCUGGUGGCCCAACAGCGAUUGCUCCUGUGUUCGGGGCAGAAGUGUAACGAAUACAGCCUCACUCCCGAUCCCAACACCUGUCUGCACUGCUCCUCCGCGGAGGAUCCGCGCUGUGCCACCAAUCCCAACCAGCUGCUCACCACCGACAUCUGCGCCAAGUUGCCCUACACGCAGUGUGUGACCCAGAUUGACAGCAGGGGCAACACCAUUCGCGGCUGUCUGUCCAGUUUGGCUGGCGGAGAUUUCUACGAGUGCCUGACUGGCGAUGGCGAGCUCUGCGACACCUGCACCGGCGAUCGUUGCAAUGACCUGUCCGUGUUCCCCACAGAUCGCAGGAAGUGCUACCAGUGUGACUCGUCCAGUGACCCCAAUUGUGCCACUUCCCCAACCAGUCUCACCAGCACAGUGUGCCCCAUUUACACGCAGGACGAGUCCUGUGUGACCACCUUGUCCGAUGGCAUCACGCACAGAGGUUGCAGUUCGUCGCUGACCUGCGCGGAUCCCUCGGAUGCCAGCACCUGCCGCGUUUGCAGUACCGCAGAUGGCUGCAACACCGUUAACCUGGAGAGGAUCGGCGAGGAAGGCAUGCCUGGCGCAUGGCAAGACGUGCCCGUCAAGUGUUUUACGUGCUCUGGAGCAGGAUGUGCCUCUGGCGGAGGCACCCUAACCGAAUGCUCGGGCUAUGACAAUUGCGUGACCGUGUUCGACGCAACCGGAGCAGUUAGCCAAAGGGGCUGCUCGGAGCCGGUAUUCGAGAGCUCCACCUACUGCGACGAGAAUCCCGGAUCCUGUCCCCGCUGCAAUUCGAAUGGCUGCAACACCGCCGACUCGUCGGCGUCCUAUGUGGAGUGCAUCGUUUGCGAUUCCAGUAAGGACUCGAAGUGUGUCAGUAGUCCCACGCAGAUCACAAAAACGCGACAGUGCAAUGAGCGCUGUGUCUCCGCUUUCCUGCCCCUUUACGGCGAAACGGAGGAUCCCAGCUAUGCGCUGAUCCGCAACUGCUACGAUGAUCUGGAGAAGGAGGAUCGUGAUGCGUGCACAGCGGGCAGCAAGCGGUUCUGUGCCACUUGCGAGGGUGCCAAAUGCAACUCGGAGGACUUGGUGGCCAGUCGGCAGAGCUGUUUGGUCUGCCAGGGCGACGAGUGCCAGAAGCCGGUGGCCAGCAGUUGCGCAAACUACAGGGAGAACGACGAGUGCUACAUUCAGUUCGAUGAGGAGCGGUCGGUGUCUUCGCUGGGCUGCCUGAGCGAACUGAGCCAUGAGGACAUCUACCUGCUGAGGCGCUCCAAGCGAUUGCUGACCUGCAGCGAUAGCGACUGCAAUACCAUCGAGUCCGUGCCGGAUACCCAGAGUUGCACCUUGUGCAGUUCGCGUACGGAGGCCAAUUGCGCCAUCAGUCCAUCGAGUGUGACCAGCUCCACCAACUGUGCGCUGGGCGGCUUCCCCGAGUGCUACUCCCGCGUCCUUGACGACGGCAGCACCGAGAGGGGUUGCACCUCUAGCCUGGAGGACGACGAGUUCCUCUCGUGCUACAACGGCACCUCCGCCACGUGCAGCUCCUGCCAGGGAAGUGACUGCAACCAGCAGGUGUACCCCAGCAACCGUCGCACCUGCCACGUGUGCAACUCCGAGACGGACGCCAACUGUGCCGCCAAUCCCAGCAGCCUCAGUGCGUGCUAUCUGUACGACGAAGAGGACGAAUGUGUGACCAACCUGCGCAACGGAGUGACCUACAGGAACUGCGCCUCCUCGCUGAGCUGCGAGGCGGACGCCAAGACCUGUGUCUACUGCGACAGCGAUGGCUGCAAUCAAGUGGACCUGGCCGCCAAGGCCGACAACAACUUUGGCAAGUGGCAGGACCUGCCCCUGGAAUGUCUCACCUGCGAGGGUGCCGGCUGCCAGGAGAAGGAGAUUCCCGUGCUCAAGUGCCAGAGCAACAACGAGCAGGACUGUAUGACCGUGUUCGGAUCGGAUGGCGUGGUCACCAGACGCGGCUGCCAGGAUGACAUCGAGGCGGACUCCGCCAUCGCCACGUACUGCGGCUCCGAUGCCGCCAGCUGCCCUAGUUGCAAGUCCAACAGCUGCAACAAUGCCACGGCGCUGAGCCAGUACAACACUUGCAUCUACUGCGACUCCUACAAGGAUGCCGCCUGCGUGUGGGAUCCCACGAGCACCAGCCACAGGACUCGCCAGUGCCAGGGUCAGUGCAUGACUGCACUGUACGGCAGCUCCGAGUCGGGACUUGAUCUCAUUCGCACCUGCCUGGACGACAAGGAGCCGUCCGAUCAACUGGCCUGCGCCAGUGGCAGCGACGCCAGUUGCACCGCCUGCAGCGGCAACUCCUGCAACGUUCAGAUCGUGCCCGAGGAUCGCCUGAGCUGCUACACUUGCGAGGGCGACGAAUGCGAGGACCCGCAGCCCCGGACCUGUGCCAUCUACAAGCCCGAGGACAGCUGCUUCCUGUGGGUGGACGAGGACAACGACCUGAAGCAGCUCGGCUGCCUCAGCUCCUUCCGCAACCAGGACCUGGAGGCCAUCAUCAAGACGAAGCGCAUUGCCGUCUGCAAUGGCACCAACUGCAAUGUCCCCCAGCUGCAGUCGCCGGUUCGCUGUGCCGUCUGCGACUCCCGCGAGGAUCCCUCCUGCGCCACCGAUGCCCAAUCCGUGGGCAGCAUCACCACCUGCAGCCAGUUGCCACACACGGGAUGUUACACUAAACUGGAUGAUGAUGGUUCCACCAACCGUGGUUGCCUGUACGACCUGGACCAGUCUGAAUUUGCCGCCUGUUUGCUAGGAAACGACGCCAACUGCUCGGUUUGUUCCGUUGAUGGCUGUAAUCGUGAGAUCUUCCCUGCUGAUCGUCAACUGUGCUACACGUGCACCUCCGCUGAUGAUGCCAGCUGUGAGUCGGAUCCCUCGUACAAGUUGGCCUGUCCGUGGGUCAGCGAGACUGAGACCUGCAAGACCUUGCUCUCCGGAAACGUGACCACCCGUGGUUGCAGCAGCAGCAGCAGCGUGGAGUGUGAUUUAAGUGAUUUCCGCAAUUGCCGCAGUUGCUCCGGCAGCGAGUGCAACGCCAUCGAUCUGGCCAACCGGAUGGACGAUGGUCAGCACGGCUUGUACCAGGAUCUGCCUAAGUGUCACUCCUGUGUGGGCGAACACUGCCUGAGUUCACUGGGACCUGCGGUCGCCUGUUCUCUGAACAAGGAACAGGAUUGUAAGACUGUCUUCGAAACGGACGGUGUGACUGUGCGAAGGAGAGGUUGCUCGGACGAUGUGGAUGACUACGAGGAUCGCUAUUGCCGUCAGAAUCCCGCCCUGUGCUACACCUGCAAGUCCAAUGAGUGCAACGAUGCCUGGUCCACGGCGGAGUAUGUGAGCUGUACCUUCUGCAACUCGGCCAACAGGGAGGCCUGCAUCACCGAUCCCACCCAGUCCGACUUGGCCAAGCGCAGCUGCAAGGGCCAGUGCCUGGUGGCUCUGAGUGGUGAGGACCUGGUGCGAUCCUGCCUGGACGACAAGGAGCUGUACGAUCGCUCCGAUUGCAGCAGCGACGAGAGCGGCACAAACUGUGCCACCUGCUCCGGAGCGGACUGCAACACCUUCUCCUACCCGGCGGAUCGACUCAGUUGCCACAGCUGCGCGGAUGCCACGUGCUCGAGCAGCAAGUCGCAGUUCUGUUUGGCCUACAGAUCGGACGACUAUUGCUUUGCCAAGUACGCGGCCAAUGGCGGAGUGGAGCUGAUGGGCUGUGCCAGUGGCCAGAACGGCUCCAGCCUGGAUGAAUGGCAGGACGCCAAUCAACUGUAUGCCUGCCAGGGCAGCGAGUGCAAUGAGCUCAGCCGACUGCCCAGCGAGGGCGUGUGCCUGUCCUGUGAUUCCAGAAAGUCACUGGAGUGCGCCCAGGAUCCCGAGGGCGUGAUUGCUAGCAUCACCUGCCACGCCCCCAAUUCCGAUUGCAUCACCCGACUGGAGGAUGGCCACACCAUGCGCGGAUGCAAGAGCUCGCUCAGCUUAUCCGACAGUGUCAGCUGUGUGGCCAACGGCACCUGCGCCGUCUGCUCCGGCGCCAAGUGCAACGCCGAGAUCUUCCCCAACAACCGACGACGCUGUCACAUCUGCAACUCCUCGGCGGACUCCAACUGUGCCAAACAGCCGAACAGCCUGGCCGUGUGUCCCGUUUAUGCGGCGAACGACGGCUGUGUGACCGCCUACAACAAUGGACUACUGCGACGCGGAUGCAGCAGCGAGCUGGAGUGCGAGAUCGACAACGAGGACCACUGCCAGAAGUGCUCCACGGAUGGCUGCAACACGGUCGAACUCACGGGCUCGGCGGGCGGACUUUCGGGAAUCGGCCUCGGACUCACCAUCCUCCUCGCCUGGCUGAUCAGCUCCACGCAGCGCCUGUAGGCCAUGUCCAACCGUCUUCCAGUUCCACAUUCCCCAUCUAUUUAAGUAGAUUUAUAUAGACUACGCUUAUGUAAUUAGAUUGUUUUUGUUUCGACCAAUCGCACGAUCUACCAACGAUUUGUAAAUAAACUAAACGACAAUUUCGAACGAA